AUGGACGUCGUCGCGACUGCCUCGGGGUACAUCUCCAAGAUGGUCACCGUGGGUGAGGCCGCAGGAGCGUCGUCAUCCAAGAUGAAGAUCUUGCUUCUUGAUAGUGAGACAGUCCCUAUUGUUUCGACCGCAAUUACCCAAUCCGCCCUCCUCAAUCAUGAGGUCUACCUCAUUGACCGCUUAGACAAUGCUGCGCGCGAGAAGAUGCGACAUCUACGAUGCCUGUGCUUUGUGCGCCCAUCACCCACAUCUAUUCAGUUUUUGAUCGACGAGCUUCGAGAACCCAAAUAUGGCGAAUAUUACAUCUAUCUUAGCAACAUUAUCCGCAAAUCCGCCCUCGAGCGGCUUGCAGAAGCGGACAGCCACGAGGUCGUCCAGUUGGUCCAGGAACAGUUCGCCGAUUUCCUCGUAAUCAACCCGGACCUCUGCUCUUUAGGGAUGGGUUUCCCAUUGCAACGGAUCUGGAGCCAUUCGCCGGACUUAUGGAACCCGGAUUCACUACAAAGAGCCACAGAGGGGGUCCUGGCCCUGCUUCUCGCCUUGAAGAAGAAUCCACUUAUUCGCUACGAGAAGAACAGUCUAUUGGCCCGGAAAUUAGCGACGGAGGUCCGAUACCACAUCACGCAGGAGGAGCAGCUAUUUAACUUCCGCCGGACGGAUACACCGCCUAUCCUGCUCGUUCUUGACCGCCGCGAUGAUCCCAUCACCCCGUUGCUGACUCAAUGGACAUACCAGGCGAUGGUACAUGAGAUGCUUGGCAUCAACAAUGGCCGCGUGGAUCUGCAGGAUGUGCCAGAUAUCCGACCAGAACUGAAAGAGAUUGUCCUGGCUCAGGAUCAGGACCCAUUCUUCAAGAAGAAUAUGUACCAGAACUUUGGUGAUCUGGGCCAGAACAUUAAGGAAUAUGUGGAGCAGUAUCAAACCAAAACGCAAAGCACUGCGAAUAUCGAAUCCAUUGCAGACAUGAAACGUUUUGUGGAGGAUUAUCCCGAAUUCCGCAAGCUGGCAGGUAAUGUGAGCAAGCACGUUACCCUGGUGGGCGAACUCAGUCGGCGUGUCGGUGAGGAUACUCUCCUCGAUGUGAGCGAGUUGGAGCAGAGCCUGGCAUGCAAUGAUAACCACUCCAAUGAUCUUAGGUCACUACAACGAAUCAUUGGGUUGCCAAAUGUCCCCUCAGAUAAUAAGCUGCGUCUGGUGGCACUCUACGCCCUUCGCUAUGAGAAGCAACCGAACAACGCGUUGCCAAUCCUCCUUGAUCUUCUUGUCACAGCAGGCGAAGUCCCAUCUAACCGCGUAAAUAUUAUCCCCAAGCUCCUCGCCUAUCACCACUCUCUCCAAGCUCCACCAGUCGCAGGCGGGUUCUCCGAUCUUUUCGAAUCAACCUCCUUCUUUUCCGGCGCAAGCAGCCGCUUUAAGGGCCUUAAAGGUGUCGAGAACGUUUACACGCAACACUCCCCGCGACUGGAAGUGACUCUUCAAAAUCUCAUCAAAGGCCGCCUGAAGGAACUGCAGUACCCCUUCCUCGAGGGUAGUGGACACACGCGGGACAAGCCGCAAGAUAUCAUCAUCUUUAUGGUUGGUGGCACCACAUAUGAGGAGGCCAAAAUGGUAGCGCAGGUUAAUGCCAGCUCCCCGGGUGUGCGAGUCGUUCUCGGCGGCACAUCCAUUCACAAUAGUGCAACUUUCUUGGAAGAGGUUGACGAUGCAGUGGGCAAUUGGCCCGAACCAGGACCCUCGACAGCUGCGGGACGGCUACGACGGGAGGAGGGCCCUCCUCACCACCACCCCGCGAACCAAGACUCCAUCUCCCUUCAACAACCGAUCCACCGGGCCCCCAGAAUCCCGCCAAACCUCUCGUAUGGCUGGUAUACAUCCCCAUCCCCCCACCAACAAAAACCCCACCCUCAAACACAAACUCACACACAUACUCCCCAGAUCUUCGGCGCAACCGGGCACAUGGGUCGCUCCCUAGUAAAAACCGCCCUCAGCAAUAACGACCUAGUAGCAGCCGUCGGACGCACCUACGAGAAUAGCCCGGCAGCAAUGAAAGAGCUCGAAUCCCCCAACUGCAUCGGCCUCCUCUGCGACGUACGAGCACGCGAGACCGUAAAACGCGUAAUCGACCAAACAAUAUCCCACUUCGGCCGAAUCGACAUAAUCGCCAAUUGCUCCGGCUACGGCGUCAUCGGCGCCUGCGAAGACCAAGACGAAUUCGACAUCCGAAACCAAUUCGAAACAAACUUCACAGGAACACUGAACAUGAUCCAGCUAUCUUUACCACAUUUCCGUCAGCGGCGCGCAGGCAGAUAUCUCAUCUUCAGCUCGACGUCUGGUGCCCUCGGCGUGCCGGGACUUGGUCCAUACUGUGCUUCCAAAUAUGCCGUUGAGGGCUUGAUGGAGAGUAUGUUGUACGAGGUGGAUAGUUUUAAUAUUAAGGGUACGCUCGUUGAACCGGGUCAUAUGCGUCGUGAUGAUAUUGCGGAUUUGGUUUCCCCGCAGGCGCCGAACCCUUCGGAACAUCAGCUUUCGGCGCCUUUGCCGCUUUACGGGCAUUUCUUGGUUAAGCCGCCCAGUGAGCCGUAUAAUACGACUACGUCGCCCGCGGCACAUGCAAGGCGCAUGCUUAUGUGGCUUGGUGAUAAGCAGCCGGCUAGUGCAGUCAAGGCCGCGCAUUUGGUUUGGCAGCUUGGGCAUUGCUCUUAUCCGCCUCUGAGGUUGAUUUUGGGUACGUAUGCGGUUGAGAGUGUGCGGGAUCGGUUGAAGUGUAUUAUUGAGGAAAUUGAGGAUUGGAAAUAUCUUAGUUUCCCCACGGGUGAUACGCAGCUGCCGGUUAGGAGUGAGCGGGAGAGGUCUUCGUUUCAGGAGGGGGCUGAAGGGGCGAGUGGAUUGGGUAAUGGGUGA